GUUGACGAUAAAUACCGAUGUGCGGUAUACGUUACGUAUAUUACAUAAUAGAAGAAUGAUUCAAGUGUCUAUAGAACGGCUCUACUUGUAAAGUACUUACUGUAUUUGCCGUUACAGGCUACAAUCAUAAGGUUUUCCAUGUGUAAUACAGAGUACAAUUUCUCAAACUGACAAUAAUCGUUGAUCUUUAAUCGCUACAUUUCAUCGCGAUGGUCAGUGCGAUACUUUAAAGAUCUCUCAGUGCUAUUACUGUGCAUCCCAGCACAAUUUUUGUGCGUGAUUUAAGUUAUUUUGUUUCCCAUAUAAAUUUUACUUCAUAUCUAUACCGUCUCGUUUGUGCUGGUUUGUGAAAAGCUGCAGUGUUCCAUAAGGUUCAAGGUCUCGCACAGAAACACGGCAAUGACGGAUUCGGAACAAGGCUCUUACAACGAUAUUGGCGUAUGGUUAGAGAAAAGUAAGGACCAAUUUCAUCCACCGGUUUGUAACAAACUAAUGCACGGUCCUGAUGGCCAGUUAUUCGUGAUGUACGUUGGCGGACCAAAUCAGCGCAAGGAUUUUCACAUGGAAGAAGGUGAGGAACUGUUUUACAUGGUGAAAGGCGAUAUGACUUUGCGAGUCCUGGAACGAGGCACAAUGCGCGACAUAGUUAUCAAAGAAGGCGAAAUCUUCCUCCUUCCUAGCCGCAUUCCACACAGUCCACAGCGUUUCCCCGACACAGUGGGAUUGGUGAUCGAGCGUCAACGUCUUCCGGUUGAAAAAGACUGUCUUCGCUAUUUUAUGGACAACUCCGUCCUUCCAUUAUGGGAACGCUGGAUCCAGUGUACCAAUCUCGGAACGCAGAUUGCCGAGCUGAUCAAAGAGUAUUUUGCUUCACCAGAACACCGCACCGGCAAACCGACCAGCUCCGAACACUUCACUCCGCCGCCUUACAUUCCGGAUUCGGAAAGGCGACUUGGCGAUCCGUUCGUUCUGAACCAGUGGCUGGAAGAGAAUGCGGAGAGAAUUGAGAAACAGCGCGUUGUCAGUAUUUUUGACCAUGAUUAUCAGUCAAAGGUAGUCGUUGUCGGCGGAACAGACGCCACUGACUUCGCAGCCAAUCAGAACGCGGAACGGUGGAUUUGGCAGAUACGAGGAAGUGCGAACCUGCAGUACGAUUUAUCAGCCAAUGGUGAUGAAUAUUUUCUGCAAAUGAAUAGCUCAUUUCUGAUCAAGAAAGGCCAGAGUUUCGUUUUGAAACCGAGACAGGAAGAGGACGAGCGAAGCUACAGUUUGGUAGUGGAAAUGGAUCCUAAGCAAGGUCGCUGGGGCCACCAGAUUCUGUGAAUCAGAAGUAGCCAUUGGCGCUCAAAGUAGUAAAUGGCUAAACUAAAUGCAACAUACUACUACUCUUUUCCCCCUUUUUUUCCUUAUUUAAAGUCGUUCAAUACCGCAUUGCGAUCACAAGUUGCUCCAAAAUUACUGUGAGUAAAAUGCUGUAAAUCUUUACCACAUAUGCUCUGUCAUAUUAUUUGAUUUUAUUUUGUCACUGCUUGACCCAAGGAAACCGAUUUCUGGA